AAUAGAGAGAAGAAUGUCAUAUGCUUACAAAGGAUUUGAAGUGUUUCUUGCUGAAAAGUUGGAGAAGAUGUUCUCAGGUAUGGCUGGUGUACUGUUACCCGAGGUUGUAACUAUCAACAACAUACUGUAUCCCAGUGCUGAGGUCCUGAGAGGACUCCAGGUCUACCAUCCUGUUUGUCCCUUCAAUAUUUCCAGUGUCGAUGAUAGUAAAGACCCAUGUAGAUUCAGCCUUGUACACUUGGUGAACGGACGAGGUAUGGCAAUACCUGAGAGGAUAAUGGAACUACAGCGAACCCUCAUACUGGGUAUACAUAUCAUCCUCAUACACUCACAGAUGGAUCUACCACAGUAUGACCAACUGUUUCCUGAGCUAACAUCUGCAGUUUCUAACAGAAAAUGCACAGAAGCUCAGAUAAGAAAUGGAGUUCAGGAAAUUCUCAGGAUAGCUGCUGUCAACAUGGUCUUUUCAAUAUUUGACUCUUUCAGCUUUGAUGCCUUCCAGAAACAGAACAUCUUUGCUAAUGAUAUGUUGAUAGCUGAUGACAUUACAUGUAAUGUUUUUAAAGUUUUGCAAGAGAAUCUGGAAAGAUCUGGUCUUGAACGAGUUGGAAUUCUUGAUCCGGAGAUUUAUGAAUCCUGUUUCUCAGAUGGAUUGGCUUGUCCUGGACAUAGUGUCUGCUGGAAAGCUGGUGAUAACGUCACAGAGGUCACUCCAAACUGGUUUGGCAGAUACUCCAAGUUCAUCACCUCUUUCCAUUUAGGUGGCAACCAGUUGACUGCCUUGCCACCAGAGUUAUUUCAGGAAAUGUCACAACUCAAAGUCCUUGACCUUCAUGCCAACUAUAUAGAUGUUCUACCAGACACUCUUGGACUUUGUAAGUGUUUGGAGGAACUUAUCCUGGAAGGAAACAACCUGUUUGACCUUCCAUCGACCUUGGAUGGUUGUCAGGAGCUUAAACGUCUCAACAUUAGUUCAAACAGGAUGGAGGUGCUGCCACCUAUCAUCACUAAGCUGUACAAUUUGACACAUCUACAUGCCAGGGGACUUAUGUUGACUAGUCUACCUGAUAAUAUUGGAAAUCUCUCCAAACUGAUUGUCCUCAACUUGAAUGAAAAUUGCCUUACAAAGCUUCCCAAACUUCCCAGAAGUUUUUCAAUGUUACAUAACCUGAGAGAACUGUAUUUGGCUGGCAUUGGUUGGAUUCAGAACAAAGCUAAUAACUUCCUGUCAAAAACAAACUUUGAUGCAGCGACAGGCACUAUAAAAAGAUGGCUGGAAGGCAAUGAUGAUAAAAACCAGGAAAAUGAUAUGUUUCAAUACUUUGACCUGGAUGGCAGUGGUACGUUAGACACCCAGGAAAUAUCACGGGCCAAUGCUGUACUGUAUGAGGUUUUCCCAAGGUUUGGGUAUAAAGGGAAGUCUUCACCAGAUGACAAGACCUCCAGUGGUUUUCCAGAAGAAAUAUUGACCCUGAAAAACCUUCGUAUCCUCGACUUACAAUAUCAGGGAAUAGUCCAUGUUCCAAAGGGCAUCGAGAACUUAAAGAAUCUGACCACACUACAGCUCAACAGUAAUCCACAUCUGUUGUCCGUGGCAGCCGAAGCUGGACGGUGUCCACUUCAACAUUUGAAUAUCAGUGAAUGUCCGUUGCUGAAAACCCCUCCAAAAGAGAUCAGAGAGCGAGGAUUUGCGACAACCCAUGCCUACCUUAAACGUCUGCUGACAGGAUCUGUGGACUGUAAACGUACAAAACUGAUGUUGGUGGGUCUGGGAGGAGCUGGUAAAACCAGUUUGGUGAAUUCUCUGUUGAAUACCUUUAAAGGAGAAUCCUCUCUGACAGAGACGGCAUCUGUUACUGAUGGUAUUGACAUCUGUACCUGGGAUGUGAAUUACAAGGGAGAGACAGUGUCCUACAGUGUGUGGGACUUCGCUGGCCAGACUAUCUAUUACAACACACAUCAGUUUUUCCUGUCAGACCGAGCUGUGUACCUGUUGCUAUGGAAUAUAAGACUUGGACAUGAACAUGCUGGUCUGAAUUUCUGGCUCAACUCCAUCACAGUUCACGCUCCUAAGGCUCCAAUCUUUGUGGUCGGAACCCACACUGACCAGAUGACUAAGAUGUCUUUGCCAAUGGACGAAAUGAAACAAAACUACCACCAGAUAGAAGGGUUCCAUUUCGUCAGCUCAAAGAAUGGAAAUGGUAUCUCUGAUCUGAAGGAGGCCUUGUUUAAAGUGACUCUGAAACAGGAAUACAUGGGAGAAAAGAUUCCACAGGCAUGGCUUCAGUUGGAGUCCAAUCUUGCAAAGAAAAGGGUUGAUCUGUCUGUCAAUGUAAUGGAUUACAAAGACAUUGAGGCCGAGGCUUUGGACGUUGGAAUCAUUGACAAAGUCGAGGUGACCCAAGCAAUCCAGUUCCUACACGACCUGGGAAUGGUACAGCACUUCCAGAACGAAUACCUCAAGGACCGUGUUGUGAUCAAUCCGCAGUGGAUUGUGGAUGUUAUGGCAUGUGUUGUUUCUGUCAAACAGACGAUAGUCAAGGAUGGCCGACUGAAGCAUUCUGACAUCUUUGAAGUGUGGAAGGAGUACAAAGACAUGGCCAGCUGGCUACUAAAACUCACGGAGGAGUUUGACCUCACCUAUCCCCUGGAGGGGGAGGACUGUAACAUUGUCCCUUGUCUUCUGCCAGAGAAGCAGCCAGAUUUUGAUUGGCCAGAAGUGAAGAAGAAGAACAAAAGGAGGCAUCAAAUUCUGGAGACAAAGUUGGUGUAUAUAUUUGACUAUCUCCCGGCUGGCCUCUUCAAUCGAGGACAGGUGAGACUGUAUGGAAUCUCUGAUCAGGAUGUUUUGAUUUGGAAGAGAGGCACUUUCCUGAAGAAGAAUGGACAGUUAGCUUUGAUACAACAGAUCGGUGAUUCCGAGCUCAAUGUGAAGGUCCAGGGACCACAACCAGACAAUCUCUUGUUCCUUUUAUACGAGGUGUUUGAAUGUCUGAUCAAGGAAUCUUUCCAGGGUGUCACUUAUGAGUGCAGAAUACCAUGUCCAGACUGUGUAAAACAGUAUUCCAAAUCUCCACACAUGUUCCCGGCGUCUGUGGUUCGCAGAGCCCUGGAAGUAAAGGCUCCAUUCCUACAAUGUCAUAAGAAUUUCCACUCCACAACUGUCCUUGACCUUCAAGGGAUCCUGGCCCCAGACGACAAUGCUGACUAUGACAUCCACAUGUCUCAGGACAUCUUCUCUCUUCAACAGAUACAGGAAGCCAUGACAGUUGAUAUCUUCAUCUCCUACUGUGAUAAAGAUGCACCCAAGAACAGGUCAAAGGUCAUACACCCAGCAGAUGUUUGUACUGACCUUGAACGAGAAGGGUAUACCUGCUUCUUCCCCCAAGGUAAGCAGCUUGAGUCUAGAGAAGAGAUGGCAAAGAAGGUCGUGCAUGCCUCGGUCCUACUGGUGUUUGCUUCCAACAAUUAUGCUGCAAAUGAUGUCUGUUGUGAUGUGUACAAAUAUGCUGUGAACACCAUAAAGAAGCCGACCAUCAUUGUCGCGGUGGGUGAGAACUUUGCAUGGAAGCAGAGUGCCACUCUUGGCGUUUUUAUGUCGGAUGUGGUUUUUGUGAACAUGAUCAACUCUAAGAAGGAUGUGUACAAAACCAAGUUUGCUGAACUGCUGACCACUCUACAAAAGAACGAGCAGCUGAGUCUGACGAGGCCGGAGACGUCCAACUCUUGCUUCAUCAGUUACUCCUGGGUCAAUUCUCAAACCGCAGUGGCAAUGGGCUCAAGAUCUAUACCUGGUGCUGUGGGUAGAGGUGAUCCGCGGAAAUUUAAAACUUUCCUGGAGAGUCGAGGUAUUCGCUGCUGGCUGGAUGUGGAGCAGGUCAAUGUGAAUGACCAGUUAUUCGCGAGGAUUGCCAAGGGUCUGUCUGAGGCCCGUGUCAUGGUCGCCUGUGUGUCAGACGAGUAUGCUAAGUCAGAAAACUGUGUAAAAGAGAUGAAGUUCGCUAUGCAGCUCAGACUGCCGAUCAUCAUAGCUGUGGUUGGCACGGGAACAGACUGGCUCCACACAGAGAUUGGUCUUCUUGCUACAACCUAUCCUAAAGUCAACUUUCAGAACAGUCCUAACGAGGAGACAUUGCAGACCUUAUAUCAACUUAUCCAGGACAAUAUGAUACCUGAUCCAAUCAAGGAUAUCGACACCGAGGAUAGUAAAGAUGAGUCUGAGGAGAACAAUGAGAUCUCUUACCAGGAAAUGUAUGAGCUGGCUCAACGGAAAUUAUUAAGGCAGGUCUCCAAUCACGCCAGUACACAUGACAUUGGAAACUACCCUCGUCUGUUUGUGGUAGAUAUUGAAGAAACAUCCUCAUCCAAUGUUGACAGAACUCUACAGUAUCAGGUCCAUACACUGUGUGAAUAUGAUCAGGGCUGGCACAGUGUCACCGACCCUAUUGUGAUAGGUACUGAGAAGAGAAAUGCAGACAUUGAGGACUUGGAUAUGAAUAACUAUGGAGGACUUCACUCCCUACCUCUCUCGAGUUAAUAACGUGAUGGAACACAAUUCAGGCUUUGUCCUGAACUUGUUUACCAGUGUAACAGGUCAGAGAUGUCUUCAGCAGAUCCAAAAGCUGGCGAUGAUUUGCUCAGAGAGUUUCCAGACAUCCUACCACUUGCUACGUGUCAAGGUUCAUGAGUUGGACGUGACAGAAAGGAAAGGAAAUCUUAAUCGAUGUCGUCUGUCCAGCGGAAAGAUAAUUUGGCUGUGUAAGGAACACUCGGUCCAGAUGAAGGUCACGGUUCUAAGUGAGGAGGUAUCAGAGGUCAAACAUAUGGUCACCAACCAACCGUGGCUUGACUCCAUGGUGGAGUUUCUGAGGCAUGGGGCUUCAAAGCAUAACCCUUUUGAAUUUAAAAGCAACAGGAAAGCGAAAAGAAAACCGAAAGACAUGGUUGCCGGGGUUGAUGACGUUGUGAGAAAUAUUAAAAAAUCACUUCUACGCAGACAAUCGUCAUUAAGCAUAUCACCUCAACUACAAGUUUUGUCAGAUACUAACUCCCAGGCUCCAGCAGCCGGAUCCAUUGAGGAAAAAA